GUGGGGUCUUUUCAAAAAAUAAAAUUCAUGAGUCUCUCUUUGCUUGUACACUUUCACGCAUAAAUAUACACAGAUGCUUUUUUGGUGUUUCUUCUAUUUUGCUCUCUGAAAUUCGAAAUAGCUAGGGUUUUGUCUCUUCUCGAGUGUGAGAAGAGAGAGGGAAAAUGGGACAACAAUCGUUGAUCUACAGCUUCGUUGCGCGAGGAACGGUGAUUCUCGCCGAGUAUACUGAGUUCACCGGAAAUUUCACCAGUAUUGCAUCGCAGUGCCUCCAGAAACUCCCUGCUUCCAACAACAAGUUCACCUAUAACUGUGAUGGACAUACUUUUAACUACCUCGUCGAUGACGGCUUCACAUACUGUGUUGUAGCUGUGGAAUCUGUUGGCAGACAGGUCCCAAUUGCAUUCCUGGAGAGAGUUAAGGAUGAUUUUACCAAGAAAUAUGGUGGAGGUAAAGCUGCUACAGCUGUUGCUAACAGCUUGAACAAGGAGUUUGGGCCCAAAAUGAAGGAGCAGAUGCAGUACUGUGUUGAUCAUCCAGAGGAAAUCAGCAAGCUUGCAAAGGUGAAGGCUCAGGUUUCAGAAGUUAAAGGUGUGAUGAUGGAAAACAUUGAGAAGGUCCUGGAUCGUGGGGAGAAAAUUGAACUUUUGGUGGAUAAAACUGAGAAUCUUCGCUCACAGGCACAAGAUUUCAAGACACAAGGAACAAAAGUGAGGAGGAAGAUGUGGUUGCAGAACAUGAAGAUAAAGCUUAUAGUCCUGGGCAUCAUUAUUGCCUUGAUUCUGGUCAUAAUUCUUUCGAUAUGUCAUGGCUUCAAAUGUCAUUAAUCGAUGGUUAUUUUUUAUAACGGUGAUUAUUAAACUAUAAUUCUUGAUACUUCUAGCAGUAAAAUGCGUGUUCCUUGUAA